AUGCAGACCAUGACCAGCCUGAGAUUGCCCAGCAGAGCACCAGCACUGCCUUGUGAAAAGUCCCACUCGAGCCCACCUUCAGUUGCCUUCGUGGAGCAGCAUGUUUCCAGAUCCCUUGCACGGACCUCAGUGGCCCUACUAGCUGGUUUUGUCUCUCAUCGUGUGAGAAAACUCGGGAGGACUGGCAGAACGGGGCAAACGAACGCAAAGGCAUCACCUGUGGUGCGGCGUGUUCUCGAGCCUGGCAAGUCACCCGUGUCGCAGAUCCGGAACUUUUCCAUCAUCGCACACAUUGAUCAUGGCAAGUCCACCUUGGCAGAUCGUUUGCUGGAGAUGACUGGUACAGUAGCCAAAGAAGACAUGAAAGCACAAUUGCUUGACAAUAUGGAUAUUGAAAGAGAAAGAGGCAUCACUAUCAAGCUGAAUUCGGCUCGCAUGAAUGUCAAAGAGGAUGGACAUGAUUAUGUUCUAAACCUGAUUGACACUCCAGGACAUGUCGACUUCACCUAUGAGGUAAGCAGAUCAUUAGCAGCCUGUGAAGGUGCCCUGCUGGUGGUGGAUGCCACACAAGGUGUUCAGGCGCAAACCAUUGCAAAUGUCACUUUGGCAAUGGAAGCUGACUUAGAGAUCGUUCCAGUCUUGAACAAGGUUGAUCUGCCCAGCGCGGAUCCGGAGAGAGUUUGCCAAGAGAUCGAGGAUGUUGUCGGGAUUGACUGCAGCAAUGCUCUCUUUUGUUCUGCCAAGACUGGACAAGGUGUGCCUGAAAUUAUCAAGAGGAUCAUUGAGCAGGUGCCGGCUCCAAGUGUUGACGAAACACAAGAGCGCAUGCGGCUUUUGGUGUAUGACAGCUUCUAUGACAACUACCGGGGAGUCAUUGCCAUGUUCCGGGUGGUGGAUGGAAGCAUCUCUAAAGGACAGAAGAUCCGCUUUAAGGCUUCAGGCAAGGAGUUUAUUGUGGAGGAGAUUGGCAUCAUGGUGGGAGGCUUGCGAAAGCCCGUCAGCAGGCUUUCGGUGGGUGAAGUGGGCUAUGUUUGCGCCAACAUCAAAACGGUGGGAGACGCACGUGUGGGCGACACCAUCAUUGAAGCGGGCACUGAAAAUGAGGUGGAAGCCUUGCCGGGCUACACUGAGGCCACACCCAUGGUCUUCUGUGGCCUUUUUCCUGCUGAGUCGGGAGACUUCGAGAACAUGAAGACAGCCUUCGAGCGGCUUUCCUUGAAUGAUGCUGCCCUCUUUUACGAGCCGGAAAACUCCGUCGCUCUGGGGCUCGGCUUUCGCUGUGGAUUCUUAGGAGUUUUGCACAUGGAGGUGAUCAAAGACCGUUUGGAGAGAGAGUACGAUUUGGAUGUGGUGGUCACUGCUCCUUCGGUGGAGUACCAGGUUCAGAUGAGUGACGGCACAGAGACCACCAUUCAAUUUGCCAACAUGCUUCCUCCUCCCCACAAGGUCGCGGAAAUUCGGGAACCCUAUUGCUUGCUGGAGAUGAUUGUGCCAGAAGAACACAUGGGCCCCUGUAUGGAGCUGGCGACCCAGCGUAGAGGCGUCUACAGGACCACGAAUUUUUUGACUCAGGGACGUGCACUGCUGGAGUAUGAGGUUCCGAUGGCUGAGAUCAUCCGCGACUUCUUUGCUGAGCUGAAAAGCCGUUCUCGUGGUUAUGCAUCCAUGGACUAUCGCAUCCUGGACUACCGAAGUAACGAUUUGGUAAAGCUGGAGGUAGACAUCAACCAAACCACCGCCAACCCUUUAGCACAGAUCGUUCAUCGCUCGAGGGCCUUGCAAUUUGCCAAGAAGAUUACCGGCAUUUUGCAGAAUGAGAUUCCUUCACAGCAGAUCAAAGUCAUCAUCCAAGCGCGUAUUGGUACACACAUCAUCUCAUCCAAACUCAUUAAGGCAGUGCGGAAAGAUGUUUUGGCCAAGUGCUAUGGUGGUGAUAUUACCCGUAAGAAGAAGCUCCUUGCAAAGCAAGCAGCGGGCAAGAAAAAGAUGCAGGCCAUUGGAAAGGUGAACGUGCCCUCCGAAGCCAUUCUCGCGGUGAUCAAGAAGACAUGA